UGCAACCCCCUACGGUAUUCUGUCAUCAUGAGUAAAGAGGUCUGUGUCCAGUUAGCAUCCGGAUCACUGGGAAUUGGUCUGGGCAUGGCCAUUGUCCAGGUAACAUCUGUGUUUGGCCUGCCCUUCUGUGAUGCCUUUGUCAUUUCUCACUUCUUCUGUGACGUGAGGCCCCUGCUGAAGCUGGCCUGUGCUGACACCACUGUCAAUGAGAUCAUCAACUUUGUUGUCAGCGUCUGUGUCCUGGUUCUACCCAUGGGCCUGGUCUUCAUCUCCUAUGUCCUCAUCAUCUCCACCAUCCUUAAGAUUGCUUCAGCUGAGGGCCGGAAGAAGGCCUUCGCCACCUGUGCCUCCCACCUCACGGUGGUCAUCGUCCACUAUGGCUGUGCCUCCAUCAUCUACCUCAAGCCCAAGUCCCAGAGUUCCCUGGGGCAGGACAGACUCAUCUCCGUGACCUACACGGUCAUCACCCCCCUGCUGAACCCUGUUGUGUACAGCCUGAGGAACAAGGAGGUCAAGGAGGCCCUGCUCAGAGCUGUGGGGCGGAGGCCCCUUUCCUCCUAA